ACGGGCAAAUGCCCUGAGCUGCCACCGCCGCCGCCGCCGACUCGGCCGGUGGCGGUGUGGGAGACGGGCGUCCGGCCCCGGGCCGCUGAGUGUGACGGACGGGGCCGGGGGCCGCCGGGCGCCGCGGCGUCGGCGGCUCCGCGCGGACCAUGUAUUUCCUGAGCGGCUGGCCCAAGAGGCUGCUCUGCCCUCUGGGGAGCCCGGCCGAGGCGCCUUUCCACGUUCAGUCCGACCCCCAGAGGACUUUCUUCGCCGUGCUGGCCCCGGCCCGCCUCAGCAUCUGGUACAGCCGACCUAGUGUAUUAAUCGUAACCUACAAGGAACCUGCAAAAUCAUCUUCUCAGUUUGGAUCCUACAAGCAAGCUGAAUGGAGGCCAGAUAGUACCAUGAUAGCUGUGUCAACGGCAAAUGGCUACAUCUUGUUUUUUCAUAUAACAUCUACAAGAGGGGACAAGUACCUUUAUGAACCAGUGUAUCCCAAAGGAAGUCCACAAGUGAAGGGGACACCCCAUUUUAAGGAAGAACAGUGUGCCCCAGCAUUAAAUUUAGAGAUGAGGAAAAUAUUGGAUUUGCAAGCACCCAUCAUGAGUUUGCAGUCUGUGCUGGAAGAUCUCCUGGUUGCUACUUCUGAUGGACUUCUUCAUCUUAUUCACUGGGAAGGAAUGACAAAUGGGAGGAAAGCUAUUAAUCUUUGUACAGUACCCUUUUCAGUAGACCUCCAGUCAUCUAGAGCAGGUUCAUUCCUGGGCUUUGCAGAUGUGCACAUUAGAGACAUGGAAUACUGUGCCACACUUGAUGGGUUUGCUGUUGUGUUUAAUGAUGGUAAAGUUGGAUUUAUCACACCAGUGUCAAGUAGAUUUACUGCAGAGCAGCUUCAUGGAGUUUGGCCACAAGAUGUUGCUGAUGGAACUUGUGUAGCAGUAAAUAACAAGUAUCGACUGAUGGCGUUUGGUUGUGCGAGUGGUUCUGUACAGGUUUAUACAAUAGAUAACACCACUGGAGCCAUGCUACUAUCUCAUAAACUGGAGUUAACAGCAAAACAAUAUCCUGACAUUUGGAACAAAACAGGAGCUGUUAAAUUGGUCAGAUGGUCUCCUGACAAUAGUGUUGUAAUAGUGACCUGGGAAUACGGAGGCCUUUCUUUAUGGAGUGUAUUUGGAGCUCAGCUGAUUUGUACACUUGGAGGAGAUUUUGCUUAUAGGUCUGAUGGUACCAAAAAAGAUCCCCUUAAGAUCAACUCUAUGAGCUGGGGUGCCGAAGGCUAUCACCUAUGGGUAAUCAGUGGAUUUGGUUCUCAAAAUACUGAAAAUGAGUCUGACUCCAAGAGCAUAGUUAAACAGCCUAGCAUUCUACUAUUUCAGUUUCUCAAGAGUGCACUCACUGUAAACCCUUGUAUGAGUAACCAAGAGCAAGUGUUGCUUCAGGGGGAAGAUCGAUUGUACUUGAACUGUGGAGAGGCCUCACAAACCCAGAAUCCCAGGAGUACUUCGGCACACUCUGAUCAUAAGCCCAGUCAGGAAAAGAGCCCGUUUGCAGAUGGCAGUUUAGAGUCUCAGAGUUUAAGCACUUUACUUGGUCAUCGGCAUUGGCAUGUAGUACAGAUUUCCAGCACCUAUCUAGAGAGCAAUUGGCCUAUACGGUUUUCAGCUAUUGAUAAGCUCGGACAGAAUAUUGCUGUGGUUGGCAAGUUUGGUUUUGCACAUUACUCUUUACUCACCAAAAAAUGGAAGCUUUUUGGAAACAUUACCCAGGAGCAAAAUAUGAUUGUGACAGGUGGCUUAGCCUGGUGGAAUGAUUUUAUUGUCCUUGCAUGCUAUAACAUAAGUGAUCAUCAAGAAGAGCUCAGAGUAUACUUGAGAACGUCAAAUCUGGACAAUGCUUUUGCUCAUGUCACCAAAACACAAGCAGAAACAUUACUGCUUAGUGUCUUCCGGGACAUGGUAAUAGUAUUUAGAGCCGACUGUUCAAUAUGCCUUUACAGUAUUGAAAGAAAACCUGAUGGUCCAAAUACUGCUGGUAUUCAAGUUCUUCAGGAAGUCUCCAUGUCACGCUACAUUCCUCACCCUUUCCUGGUAGUAUCUGUCACUCUGACAUCAGUGAGUACAGAGAAUGGAAUCACCUUGAAAAUGCCACAGCAGGCUCGUGAUGCAGAGAGCAUUAUGCUAAAUCUUGCAGGGCAGCUCAUCAUGAUGCAGAGGGACAGGUCAGGCCCUCAGAUCCGGGAGAAGGACAGUAACCCUAGCCAAAGGAAACUUCUGCCAUUCUGUCCUCCUGUUGUACUAGCCCAGUCUGUUGAAAAUGUCUGGACCACGUGUCGAGCAAAUAAACAAAAGCGUCACCUUUUGGAGGCCCUCUGGCUGAGCUGUGGGGGUUCAGGGAUGAAAGUUUGGCUCCCCCUCUUCCCUAGGGAUCACCGCAAGCCCCAUUCCUUCCUGUCCCAGCGGAUCAUGCUGCCUUUCCACAUAAAUAUCUACCCCCUGGCUGUUCUGUUUGAAGAUGCAUUAGUCCUUGGUGCUGUCAAUGACACUGUACUCUAUGAUUCUUUGUAUACUCGGAACAGUGCUAGGGAACAGCUGGAGGUGCUCUUCCCUUUCUGUGUUGUGGAGAGAACCUCUCAGAUCUACCUCCACCACAUUCUACGUCAGCUGCUGGUGAGGAACCUUGGGGAACAAGCCUUGCUCUUAGCCCAGUCCUGUGCUGCGUUACCUUACUUUCCUCACGUGCUGGAGCUCAUGCUCCAUGAAGUGCUGGAAGAAGAAGCUACCUCACGGGAGCCCAUUCCCGACCCUCUGCUUCCCACUGUGGCAAAAUUUAUCACCGAGUUCCCACUCUUCCUGCAGACAGUUGUUCAUUGUGCCAGGAAGACUGAAUAUGCCCUGUGGAAUUACCUUUUUGCAGCUGUUGGAAACCCCAAGGACUUGUUUGAGGAAUGUCUGAUGGCUCAGGAUUUGGAUACUGCUGCCUCGUACCUUAUUAUUUUACAGAACAUGGAAGUCCCAGCAGUAAGUAGGCAACAUGCCACCCUUCUGUUCAACACAGCCCUGGAACAAAGCAAGUGGGACCUGUGUCGACACAUGAUUCGAUUUCUUAAAGCCAUUGGCUCUGGAGAAUCUGAGACGCCUCCAUCCACACCUACAGCUCAGGAACCCAGUUCAAGUGGUGGAUUUGAGUUCUUCAGGAAUCGAAGCAUCAGUUUAUCCCAGUCAGCUGAAAAUGUUCCUGCUAGUAAAUUCAGCUUACAGAAAACACUAAGUAUGCCGUCUGGCCCUUCUGGAAAAAGAUGGAGCAAAGACAGUGACUGUGCUGAGAACAUGUAUAUUGAUAUGAUGCUCUGGAGACAUGCCCGGCGUCUCUUAGAAGAAGUUCGGCUAAAGGAUCUCGGCUGCUUUGCAGCCCAGCUGGGCUUUGAACUAAUUAGUUGGCUAUGCAAGGAACGUACCCGAGCUGCCCGAGUAGACAACUUUGUGUUAGCCCUGAAGAGACUCCACAAAGAUUUCCUGUGGCCACUUCCCAUCAUCCCAGCUUCUUCUCUCAGUUCUCCUUUCAAAAAUGGAAAAUACCGCACAGUGGGAGAGCAGCUGUUAACGUCCCAGUCAGCUGACCCUUUUUUGAACCUUGAGAUAGAUGCUGGCAUCUCUAAUGUCCAACGAAGUCAGAGCUGGCUGGGCAACAUCGGCCCCACCCAUCAUGAGAUAGACACAGCCUCGUCCCAUGGACCACAGAUGCAAGACGCCUUCCUUUCACCUUUAUCUAAUAAAGGUGAUGAAUGCAGUAUUGGUUCAGCCACAGACUUGACUGAAAGUAGCUCCAUGGUGGACGGAGACUGGACAAUGGUGGAUGAAAAUUUCUCCACACUCAGUUUAACUCAGUCAGACCUAGAGCACAUCUCCAUGGAGUUGGCAAGUAAAGGGCCUCACAAAUCCCAGGUUCAGCUUCGGUAUUUGCUACACAUCUUCAUGGAGGCAGGAUGUCUGGACUGGUGCGUUGUUAUAGGCCUGAUUCUCAGAGAAUCCUCAAUAAUCAACCAGAUUUUGGUUAUUAUACAAUCUUCAGAGGUAGAUGGAGAGAUGUUACAGAACAUAAAGACAGGGCUGCAUGCUGUGGACAGAUGGGCCUCUACAGAUUGUCCUGGAUAUAAGCCAUUUUUAAACAUCAUUAAGCCACAACUGCAGAAGCUCAGUGAGAUAACAGAAGAGCAGGUCCAGCCUGAAGCCUUCCAGCCAAUAACUGUGGGUAAGACUCCUGAACAGACUAGCCCCCGGGCAGAGGAGAACAGGAGCUCCUCCGGCCACGGGAGCAUCCCCCAGGGCGAGUUCGGAGGUAGCAGUUUGGUCAGCCGGAAAGAGGAGGACACAACCCGAGCAGAGGAGGAGGAACCUUUUCAGGAUGGGACUUACGACUGUUCUGUGUCCUAACAACAAUGGGUGCCGUCACCACGGGCAGUAUUAAUUAGCAGCAGCAUGCAGCUGAGGACACUGUGACCUAGUUGGAUGAUUUAACCAGGGAGAGAACUCAGCUCAGAGACUCUGGUAAGGUAUUACUAAAUUUUAACUAACUCUUUCUCCUCUAAGAAAUCUCUUUGAGUCCAUAAAAAUGUGAUAUCAAAAAAAUCAUCUUUCAUAAAAAAAUUUUUUUAAGCUGCAGUGGAAGUAAUAAAGAAUAUUGUACAGAUGUACAUGAGAAUAUUUUGGUUUUAUUCUUAAAGGUUGGUAGUUCUUAAACCACAGGGAUUGUUUUGCCCCAGAUGAGCAAAACACUUUUCACUACUUACAGCUUCCUAUGUUUUCCGGUUCAGCAUGUGUUCAGACUGCUUUUUAAAAACAAACGCUAAGGUGCUUGCUGUAGCUCAUCAAGUACCCGAGCUACCUGUAUGCCCCCUUGGAUCGAGAGCACUGGCCUCCCUAACUGGGCCUCUGAAUAGAUGCCUGCCCGAGCGUAAGAGGUGCCUGUAUGAAGGAGACAUGCUCCUCUGCUAGCCUGUUAAAUCCCGGUCCUGAAUGGAUGGAAGCUAUUUACCUGUGAGUCAGUGUGCCUGCUUUUUAGCAAGCUUGGUUCCUGCUAGGUCAGCGUGGGCUGAGGUCUGAGGAGUUCGUAUCAAUUAUGCUAUUAGAUACCACUAAACUAUUUUGUAUCAAAGAAUUGUUAUCUUUUUGUGAGUACUCUUGUGUAAGUAUACUCAAAGGCACUGUUCAUAUUUUUAGGGCUUGUACUAUAAUUUGUAAGGUUUUAUGCUGGAUUCUGCAUGGCUAUAGAUACUCACUCUUGGAACAAAGACAGGGCUUGCUCUUCUUUCCAAAAUAUAAGCAGUCUUCAUAGAGGAAGACAGGUUUAUUGGCUUGGUCAUAAGGUAACAGAAAUGGUCACACUGAUCAUGAAAUGAAACAGGUUUUGUGCAAAUUAAUGUAGUUUCUUAUUUAUUGCUUUUGUAAAUUGAAUAAAAAUGGACUUUUAUGUAAAUAGACUGCUGAAUCCUGUAUUA